UGGAAAUGUAAUUUCUUGCAUAUUGAUAUUUGGUGUGGUUGAUUAAUCUUAUGGAUUUUCCCCCUUUGAUAGUAUUGAGAUAUAAACCCAGUAGGAGGGUUCUUCUUUCGUUUCUGCAAUUCAUAUAUAAGAAAUAAUGUAUGACCUAGAUGUUAAAAUAGUUAAAACAAGAGGAAGAAUAAGAUUCAUCUUUCAAUUUGUAACAAUAGAUGCCGAUGAAUGCUAGUAUGGCGGAACUAGAAAAGGAAAUGCCAUUAUUCGAUUUCGCACGCAUACCCUUGAAAACACCAAGUCAAAAUGGUUUCCAUCCUUAGAGAAAAGCAUCUAUUCCUGAGGAUAUUUAGGUUAGCUUUAGUUCAAGGAAUUCUAUUUUUGGCGGUUGUGUGUGAGUUUGUGUGUUUGUUCUGCAUUCAUUUCGGCUCAAAGAUGUCUUUUCAAUUGUAAAUUGUGUUAGAUGUUAGGCCUUGAAGUUUUAGGACUUUCGAAAUUUUUGUAUUUAGUGUGCACCAAGAAUUCUAGAUUGUAGUGAAUACCUUGUUGUUUAUGAGCUUACUGUCUGUGUGUUUUGUCAUAUAUUUACGCUAUAAAGAUGGUUUAAUUGGAGGGGUUGGGGUAAUAGUUUAGAAUAAUUGCUCCAUAAGUUUUGUUUUGCUUUCUUAAUGUUGAGGCUUUCAUCAUUGGUAACUUGGUAAUGAAGAGUAUAAUAAAAUAUGAAAGGGAAAAUGGCAGGAUAUACAAUGUGAUGCAGUCUGCUAGAAGAUUGCAUAUGGAAAUCUGUGUAGAUUUUGUGUAGUGUAUUACUUAUCAAUAUCAUUUGGUUUAGUGUACCUGUGUGUUUGUUUGAUUAUUGUGUGCGCUCUCUUUUUCAAGGUCCCUGUAUAACUCUAUGAACUCCCAUCAUUUUUUCUGCAUCCUUCAUUCCUUCUAUUGCGAUCUACUCGUGUUAGCUCAAUGCAACCACUGAAUGUCUAGUCUAGUUUCUUCUGUAUCUAUUUUAUAAAGAACUGCUUUAUUGUAUCUCAAAAGAAGUAGAAAAAGUAAAUGCUUUAUCAUUAAAGCCACUAAUUUCCCUUUCUUAACUGCUUAAGAGAUUUCUAAUUGAACUAAAGCUUUCUCGAUGCUGAAACUAGGCCUUAUAUACUUAUUUUUAAAUGAAUAUGUGUUGCUAAAGUGCACGUUUGAGGCAAUGCCUACUGCGCAUCAAUGAAUUUUGUCUAAAACAACACAGAAAUGCUUUGUACCUGGGCGAUAUAAGAAGCUAGUGAGAGAUUUGUUUAAGACUUUUUAUCUGACUUAAGGGAAGAAUGUUUUUAUGAUCAACUCUUACAGUUAUUUGUUUAUUGAAAUUUUGUAUGUAACAUUUAUAGUUGGGCUAAGCUCUUGAAGGUUGGCAUCUAUGCACCUUCUUUCUUUUAUUGAGAAUGAGACGUUUUAUUGCAAACAAACGGAACAAAAUUACAAAACAGAAGCAGUGUUUAAGGAGACCACUUCAAAAAAAAAAAAAAAAAAAAAAAAAAAUUCAAAAUGAUGACUAUGAGGCUCUCCCACAACAAAACUAAGAGAUAGCAGCUUGCCGGUCAAGCCAAACAGCUGAAAGAGACAUGCACCUUCAGUCUUUGCAGACAAAAAUUAUGAAGUUGAAUCAGCUCAGAACCAGUGGGGCCACAGCAGACUCUUCAUGACUGGAAUCUGAUUCCAGUUCAUUUCAUUUUUUAUCUAAGCAGUGCCAGUGAUGAGCGAAGUCCAUCACUGCAUCCUUUGAAGACUUUUAGAGGGUUAUUAGUCCAUAUACUUCCUCUGUUGAUGAUCUUGCGCCUGCUAGUUCCCGUUUCAACAUGAACAACUCAUUUGGUGAUGAUUAUGAUGAAGCAACUGUUGCAGGAUUUGAAGUUUUAAGAUCACCCGAUGCAAGUUACAACAACGUGUACCCUGGGAAUGAAGACGAGGCACGGGAUCCACCUCUUGUCCCUCCACAUCUGCAACAGACAUUACUUAGUUACCCAGCAAGCGCAGACACUGCCGGAACCCUUCCAGCACCGCAAAACGUGACACUCAACCAUCUUUACAUUGAGAACCGGGAGACCCCACGCUCUGUGGUCGCACUUGGGUUCACUCAUCGCUUUCGUUCAAAAUUUGUUUCAGUUGUGCUUUACAAACCAGUUCAAAGAAGUGGGACUACCAGCAGUUAGAAAUUGAACACUAGAAUACACCUACAUUAGCGGUGAAAGAUACUUAUUUCCUCACAGAAGCUUAUGAAAUUAGGUUUGAUUUCUUCCGAUUUCUUUGUAGACUUGAUGUAUUCUUCAGCGUAGACUCGCUAUACUGUGGAGUUUGCUGGUUAGGUUAUGAUCUCAUGCGAGAAUUGUUAAUUUGAAGUGAUUAGGAUCAUUUGAUUGCAUUUGUGAAUAUAAAAUGCCUGCUUUAUACAUAAAAGGAAGCCUUCUCCUUGUA